UAAUGAGACCUUCAUGUCGGCCAGAGUGCUGUGUGUGAGGAGCAGAGAGGAGCAGAGAGGAGAGUGAUGGCUGAGUCUCGCAGGGUCCAGUUGACCUCUCUGUCCUGGGAUGCAGCUCCGUCCUCAGUCGAACCGGCUGCGGCCCACAAGUCUGCGCCAGGUGCUGAGCAGGUGAAGGGAAACGGUCCGGACCGACCCGCGGACACGGAGACAGUCCGGCUGGUUCUGACUUUGUUUGACUCUGAUGAGAGGAGCUUCCCUGAGUUCAGCUACAGUCAGCUCGUUGAUAACAAGAUCAACCUCAGAAAAGACGAAGCCCCUCUGAGCAGAUUUGAAAACGAGGACAAGCGAGCGAAUGACGAAGCCGCUGCUCUGGCAAAGAAGUUUGAGAAGAAAUAUGGCGGCAAACCCAAGAAAAAGGAGGAUCGCAUUCAGGACUUGAUCGACAUCGGACACGGCUACGAUGACGAGGAUUCGUUCAUCGACAACUCUGAGGCUUAUGACGAGUUCGUGCCGGCCUCCAUCACGACCAAGUUCGGUGGAUUCUACAUAAAUUCUGGCGAGCUGCAGUUCCGCCAGGCUUCAGACUCGGAGGACCAACCAGCAGCGGAAACACUCGAGCCCUCAAAAAAACGUAAACUCAAUGGCGGACAGGACAAACCACAGAAGAAGAAGCCGUGCAGAGAAGAUGAAGAGGUGAAGAGCAAAGUGGAUCGUAAGUCGAGCGCUUCGUCUGAGAUUGGACCCGAUGGUGAGAUGAAGAAGAAGAAAAAGAAGAAAUCCAUCUGCACAUUAAGCGUCACCAGCAUGUUGAAGAAGUUUCAGAGAGAGAAGGAGAAGGAGCGACAGAAGGUGGAGAAGUCACAGAAGGCGGCAGCGAUCGUGGGCGUACCCACAAUCCCUCUGUGCCCCGCUGAUGCGGCUGGAGGGGGCGGCUCGGGACUGACCGACCCGCUCCUCAGUUUAAUCGGAUCCAUCAAUGACCACGCUCUGAUCCAAGCGGCCAACACGGUGGAUUUUGAUAUCGAUCUGGACUCUUUGUUAGACGUCACCGAGGGGACGUUGUCUCCAAAGAUGUUUCCUCAACCGGCCGCAGAGACGCAGCUCUUUCAACCCAAAACUGAAGAUCAAACUCAAGUCCAGCCUCUGGGUACAAAGACUAGGCCUCAUUCAGAACCCGUCCAGGUCCAGUCACAACCCGGUUCUACGUCCCCUCAUCUGUGUGUCCCGCUGCCAGACGGACUUCCCCCAGCACUGGGAGACAGCAUCCGAAAACUGACGGCAGCUGCCAAGACCUCAGAGGGCGAAUCCAAACUCAAGUUCUUCACGCCGGAGAUCAACUCAAUCCUGCUCGAUAUUGAGCUGCAGUGUCGGGAACAAGGAGGCCAGCUGCGCUCCAAGGUGUACACACACCUGUCGUCUUUCCUGCCCUGCAGCAGAGACACACUCCUCAAGCGUGUGAAGAAACUGUUGCUCACACACACGGAGGAACCGCCUGAUGUGGAGGAGCCGGUGCACAAACUCAAGGAAGCCAUCGGCAAAGCGAUGCCCGAGCAGAUCGCACGCUUCCACGAGAGCUGCCAAGUGUAUGAACACGUCAAGACUCUGAAAGCGACGGAGGAGGAGAGAGAAGGCAAACAGAAGCUGAACUCUGGCUCGGAGGACACUGUGGAGGAGAAGGGCGGGAAAAGAGGAGGUCCGAAGAAACUGUUCAAAUGGAGCGACGAGAUCAGGGAGUGCUUCUGUCAUUUGUUAACGGUGAAAAUGGAGCGAUAUAAAAAGGGAGGGAAAGGCAGCCAGGAGAUGGAGGACUACCUGAAAACCAUGUUGGAAAAUGAGGUCAAACCGCUUUGGCCAAAAGGGUGGAUGCAGUCUAGGGUGCUGAUGAAGGAGAGCAGGAGCGUUUUAAACCUCUUCACGUCAUUACCCGUGAAGAGAACUAAGCCUGAGAAGAAGCAGUCGUCCGUCAGUGGUUGUUCAGCGAUGUCAGAUGGCUGCAGUGUCCUCCAGGGAUCAGUGUCGAGGACGGGACUCCACCAGGAGGCAGACGGUGUCGUUAUCAAGGGCUCAGAUAUCUCUCUUUCUGUUCCACUUGGUGCAGUGAAGAAGGUGGAGGGUAAACCCGGAGGCGGGUUUGCAGCGGAUGCCGGUUCCUCCACACCUGCGGAGUCGGUGGAGCCUCAGGUCAACGUCACGUCCGCUCCGACUCAUUCGCUUCUGGACCUCCUCGCCGAUCAAGCGCUGGCUCGGGAGAAACCUUUCUCGGUGUCCCAGGAGCUCCUCGCAGCAGCUGUCGCCAAGUACAAACGCUCGGUUCAGCACUGGAGCUUUGUUGUGGACUCCAAAAGUCCUCCUCUUCCUCCUCCGCCCCCUCAGUCCAGCCCGGUGGGUUUCCCGGUGAGUGGGGUGUGUCCGGAUGUUCCGUCCAAACUGCUGCAGAUCGGCGACUUGACCAAACACGUGGAUGCUGGUGAGGUUUACGUCAUCUCUGACGAUGAUCCUGACGAUCCUGUACCAUGAAAACUCCCCAUGCAGAUUGUUAGAAGUGCUUCAGUCUCCUUGAAGUCGGGCUGACACGUGAUCGGACUCUGACCACAGAGGAGUUGUGACAGAAUCGGCUGUAGAAGUGAAAAACUAAUUAAAUUAAACGAGCUGAAGACGAGUCGCCAUGCGCUCUCUGUCACUGUAGCUGUGAAGACACUGAAGAUUUUACUAAUCAUGGUUUUUGACCGUUGAAAGGAGAAGCGGCACUUUAACUGUUGAGCAGAGAAGUGAGCCGACGUCCACCAGAUGUGUUUCUGAAUCACAUCAGUAUGAGUUUGGACGACGAUCUGGAGAGGCUUUGUUUGAAUUGUGCAUGAUUUACUGUGGAUGAAUAAAUAAUAAAGCACUGACUUGUUGUUUUUGAGCUUAA